AUGGAUGUAGGGUUAAUAACCUUGAAGACUGUAACCAGCAACUACAAAAUUUCUGCUCGCCUCCAAGCGAUGAUGGUUUCGAAGCCUGUUACUCCUUCACAAGAUAUCCGGGCAUUCUCUCCCAAGCUCACAUCCAGGGAAAUGGAAGAGCCCGAGCCAGGUUCGGAAUCAGGAGGAAAGUCUUUACCAGCUUCCGUGGUAGAUCUUGAGGGAGGGUAUCCACUAGAGGGAACCGUGAUAUCCAUUCAUGAAAACCCAUUUCCUAGUCCAACUAGUUUGAAUCCGGCACAGCGACAGCAAGCCGUCGAGGUCAUUCGACGAAAUACCAACUUAGUGUUCUCCGCGAUAUCCUCGCAGCACAUUGCGAGUGAAAACAGCAAUGCACUCAUCACAACCCUGGUUAUCGGGAGGGAGCAUUCUUAUAGCGCUGCGCUCGAUCAAUUACGCAGGCGUAUGGUCGAACGAGCGCAGGUGCAGUUGAUUGACGACCUGCACAAACUAGGAAGACAGCUCGCAGUCCUCAAACGCAUCUACCAAAGCUAUGAUUUGAUUGUCAACCCGCGUGCUCAAGCGGCAGCCAACUUCGGCUUUGAUUUCUUGAGCAGGGGGAACACCUGGAAAUCUAACGGAUAUGACGAGAUGAAUCCGAGCGAGUUAGGCGGCAUCCAGCUUAGCUCUGCUGCUAUUGGCCGCUUCGAAAGACUGCUGGAUCGAAUUCGGCUGUACGCCUUGAGUGAAAUUGAUGAGUGUUUGGCCGAGAAAGAAUCCAUGACGUUUAUGGUGUUCAAUUUAAUCGCCGUCAAAGAUUCGCAGGCAGUCGAAAGGCUGACUAGAACCACAAUUCUUAUAGCCAAGGCAACCAUUUUAUUCCUGCCAGUCACUUUAAUGACAUCCUAUUUCUCAACGGAGAUCGAGGAACUUCAGGGCGUGUACACGGUGAAACAAUAUUGGAUUGCAUUUGCGGUGCUCCUAGUGCUGUCAGCGCUAGUUCUUGCGAUAUAUGGAUGGGCCGCCGAUACGGUUGAGGGCAAGACUAUCUAUGUGUCCUUCGCAAAGAGUUUUUACCGCUCUUCUGUGGCGGCCUUUGGGAAAAGGAGGAAGUGGAAGAUUGUAUAG